AGGUCCUCUGCCAAAGCUUUGUCUAUUUAAGCCCCCAGUUGAUGAGAGUAGAUCUAGUGAAAGGAGCUUCAUCGCCACCAAACACAACAAUGGCUUCCAAAUCAUCUCUUCUUCUUCUGCUGCUCACUGUGCUCACCCUUCUUCUCUCUUUCACUGCUCAGGCGUCUGUUGAUGAUGAUGAGAAGCUCUAUACGCUGCAGCUUAUAUUUGGGAAGCCCAUAGCACCUGCCCCAUCUCAGGCUCUGGUGGCUCCGGCAGCUCCUCCGGUGGUCAAACCUCCGCUGACUCCAGGGACAGUCAAACCACCGGCGCCAGUGCCUCCGUUCGUCAAGCCUCCGGCCCCACCUGUCACCGUCAAACCACCGGUGCCUCCUCCAUUCGUUAAACCUCCAGCCCCUCCAGUGUCAGUCAAACCUCCAUUCCCUCCAGUCACGGUCAAACCACCCUUCCCUCCGGUGAUCAAACCUCCCACCCCUCCGGUCAAACCGCCCGUCCCUCCGGUGGUGAAGCCUCCGGUGGUUAAGCCGCCGGCACCCCUCCCACCGCUCAAGCCUCCAACUGCCCCACCGCUGCCCCCCGUGAAGUCAAAAGCAGAUUGCAUCCCGUUGUGUAGCAAGAGGUGCAGCCUGCACUCGAGGAAGAGGGUGUGCAUGAGAGCGUGCAUGACGUGCUGUGACCGCUGCAAGUGCGUGCCGCCCGGGACCUAUGGCAACCGUGAACUCUGCGGCAAGUGCUACACAGGCAUGACCACCCAUGGCAACCGCAGCAAAUGCCCUUAAAAUCACUUUCUAAUCCCCCCUAUCUAUAUAUUCACGUAUGCCUGCAUAUAUGUACGUAUGGCUCUUAAUUAGGUCGGGUUGCCAUAAUAAAUUCAAGAGAGAUGAGGUGGAUAUUAUCAUCAUGUGGGAAGAGCCGUGGAAAAUAGGACUCGUUUUUCCUGCAGCAGCUCGUCACCUAUAUAUGUUUUCCUUGCCAACAAACAUAGAUAUAUGUUGUAUGUAUGUGAUGACAUCAAUGGAAUUAUUAUAUAACGGUCUUCCUAA